UGAGAGAAAGCUGGAGUGGAGUGAAACACAGGCGUUGCAAUGAGAGCUCGGAAAAGUGUGCAAGGGUAGAAAAAAAUAAAAAUAAAAGAGGGAAUAGGUGGUAAUGCCAGAGGGGCUGCAGACUGUAGACCAUCUAGGAGUCAAGCAGGUUCAGAAGCUGAAACUUCUCCACAGCUGAAGUGGUUAUUCUCGGCGCAGGCCAAGUUGAUCGUUUGGCUCCUUUGAUCCAUGUGGCCUGAAUAGGCUGGACAGGUGCUCAGCUUCAGAACUGAUCUACACCUCCUGCAGCUAUGGAGAAACAGCUGGAAGAGCUGAAGCAGCAGCUGGAAAAACAAUGUCGGAUCAACAAGGAACUGCAGAGGCAAAAUAAGGACCUGGAGAAACGACUGAAAGACAAAGAAAAGCUUUUGCAGGAGCUGCAGACCCAGUACCAUGAUCUUGAGUUUCCCUCCCAGCCUGCUAAUGAAGCAGAGCCUGAAUUCAGGAAGAGUCGAGCUGCUGUUAUGGCCCCUGAACCAAUUCCAGAGAAACUGGAAAUUUCAGGCAACAUGGUUAAGAAGACUGCCAGUGAGACAAGUCUUAUUGUUAAAGCCAUCCAGAAAAACGACUUCCUGAGCCGCCUGGACGAUGAGCAAAUAAGCAUGAUGGUGGAUCUGUUAAUGUCAUCACACUACAAACCUAGCGAAGAAGUCAUUAUGGAGGGAUCAGAAGGAGACAGCAUGUACAUAGUGGCAGCUGGUGAACUCAUCGUGACUCAGUCAGGUCGGGACCUGAGGACUCUGACAAAAGGAGAUGUUUUCGGAGAGUUAGCCAUCCUCUACAACUGCAAAAGGACAGCGACAGUCAAAGCUAAGACACAUGUGCAUCUGUGGUGCAUGGAGCGACAGACGUACAGAACGAUUAUAACUAACAAGUCCAAGAAAAAACGAGAGCAGCUCAUGGGUUUCCUCAAGACGUCUCGUACUCUCAAGGAUCUGAAUGACGCACAGUUGUCCAAAAUUAUCGACUCCAUGGAGGAGGUUAAGUUUCAGGACAAAGAGGUUAUAGUUCGAGAAGGAACAGAAGGAAACACUUUCUACAUCAUCCUGAAAGGAGAGGUCCUGGUGAGCAAGAAUGUGAAUGGACACCAGAAGCAGAUUCGCAGGAUGGGAAAAGGGGAGCACUUCGGGGAACAGGCCCUCAUACGAGAGAUCUUGAGAACUGCCACCUGCACCGCUGAUGGCCCUGUUACAUGCUUCUCUAUUGACAAAGAGGUUUUCGAAGAGACAAUCCCAGUAGAGCACCUGGAGCUGUUUGACGACUCCAAAGUGAUGCAAGAGGCGCAAGGACCAGAAAAGCCAGGUCUGACCUCCAGUCUGAAGUUUAAGGAUCUGGUUCCUGUUUUAUAUCAGGAGGGACGCUAUCAAGGAGAUCCUGUCACGCUUGGCGUUGGAGGAUUUGGUCGUGUGCAGCUGAUGACCACACUGAAUCAUGGGAAAUACUACGCUAUGAAGCGAGUCAGCAAGAAGCAAGUUGUUUCCAAGAGACAGGAGGAACACAUGUUGUUUGAGAAGAAGAUCCUGAAAGCCAUCCAGUGUGACUUCAUUGUGAAACUUUAUGCCACAUUCAAAGAUACAAGGUACAUCUACAUGGUGAUGGAGUUCUGUGGUGGUGGCGAGAUCUGGACCAAGCUCAAAGAAGUAGGGCGAUUUGAUGAACAUGUUGCUGUGUUUUGUACUGCCUGUGUGGUGGAGGCCUACGCUUACCUCCACAAGAAGAGCAUCAUGUACAGAGACCUUAAGCCUGAGAACCUGAUGCUGGACAUGAAAGGCUAUAUCAAACUGGUUGACUUUGGUUUUGCAAAGGAACUGGUGCGUGGUGAGAAGACCUACUCCUUUGUGGGCACGCCUGAGUACAUGGCUCCAGAGAUCAUCAAGAACCAGGGUCAUGACUUUGCAGUUGACUUUUGGUCACUCGGCAUUCUGAUCUUUGAACUUUUGGUGGGAAGUCCUCCAUUUUCAAGCUCGGAGCCUCAGAAGAUUUAUUCCAAAAUUUUGGAUGGAGAACUCAAGUUUCCACCUUACCUGAGUGAGGCAGCAAAGUCAAUCAUCAGCAAACUGUGCAGACCUCGGCCAGGUCAGAGGUUAGGAAACACCAAGAAUGGAAUCAAAGAUGUCCGGCAUCACAGGUGGUACAGCAGCAUGAACUGGCACAAGCUGCGUAUGGGUCAGCUCGACGCUCCAACCAUACGACUCAUCCGCAAGGGUCCAUGCUACAUCAACUUUGAUAAAUUUCCUCAGGACCACUCGGUGGCAGAAGAGGAGUUUUCUGGGUGGGACCGUGACUUCUAAUUCUCACGUUUAGGUUGAAGAAUCGAAUGGUGGGCGUUUGGUCCUUUUCAUCCCAAAAAGGACCCUAAUUAAAGGACACUGACCUUAGUUUAUUCAGCCUCUAAAGGGGCCAAAAGAAGAUUAAUGCUACUGGGUACUGACAUAUAACACAACACAUUUCUUACCAAAUUUUCACACCAAUUACACUGAAGCUCCAGGGAAUCACUGUGACAAUAUGUGUGGAAGCUCCUCUGUUGCGGUGAGCUUCAGCUCACUCACAAAUGUACCACUGCAGACGAGGAGGAGGUGUAGAGGCAAAGUGGUAGGACUCUGUGUUUUCAUAUUCAGCGCAAAGAUAUUUGGAGCUGAUGAGUAAGUGUUAAAUUCAUGAGACACCUUGCAGCGAUUAAGAAAACUGACCAGGUGAUCAAAUGCUUUUGAUGUCAGGAAGAAUUUCAAUUAAAAGACUUUUCCCACGUUUAAUUGUGCAGGACAAUAAAAUGAAUAAACAUGUCAUAUGUUGUGUUCAAAAACAAUAACAGAGCAAUCAUUUUUUUGUGUAUAAAUUAUAUUUCUAUGUGGGAAGUAAUUUAUUAGUUGGUGCAAAAGCCCUGUAACAGAACUAGUAGAUCCAAUAGUUUUAACUCACAUCCUAUAUUGAAGAAUAAAUGCAACCAGUUUUGUACAGUAAAUGUUAGUCAUUAUGUAUUCUGAGUGAAACCUGUUGUUAAAAUUGUUCUGAUGAGGAAGAAAAGAGAAAACUAUAAUUCAAUUAAAGAAUAACCAGAAGAAUCUUCUUCAGGGAGACCACAAAAAGUCAUAUCUUUAGAAGUGAAUACAGUAAUGAUUAGAAAACAACUUAAUAGAUACACAGUGCAAAAGGGACAUAAUUAACUAACUUUAUUAGAAAUAUCACAUCAUUUAAAAAAAAAUCCCAUUAGGAUUUCCUUGUAAUAUAUCACAAUACUUGAAGAGGUAAUUUAUCCAGAAGAGGAAGUACCAUCACACCAGUGAGUGAGCAGCAUCUUGGAUCCAGACCGACAAGAUUAACAUAAUGAAGCUGCCAGCCCAAUCCCGGUACCUUAAUCCUAGAGCAAGCUAGUGGGGUGAAACAAGCUAUUUCAGAGGCAAAAUCAAUGAUGAGGAAAUGAAUUAAAAAGCCUGUUCACAGGUUGAGGAAGCUGGUGGACUCCAUGCAAUGCAGAAAUUAAACAAUUCAAGGGAUGACUGCUUAUCCAUCAAAACAUUAGUUCCAUAAUUCACAGCUACGUUAAAUUUUUGGUAUGAUGAGUUUAGUUUUCCCCCUACUUCACCAACUUUACCUGAUGAAUUCAGGUAAACUUUUAAUGGGCUGAUUUGGAAUGAAACAUCUUCCCAAUGUAUUUGUGUAUAUGGAAAAAGAAGAUAUUGUAUUUUGAGCUUUUUUUCUAUUUUAAAUACUAAACUGCUAUCUUGAGCAUAAACAUUCCUUUGUGUGUUUUGUUCUCUUGACCUAUGUGGUUAAAACUCAGUUCUUGUUAUAGGUUUUGACAUUGAUAAUACUUAACUGUUUGUAAAAAUAAAAAUCACCUAUUGCUGACUUAUUCAUCCAUGUUUUU